UGAUACGUGAAAAUGUGCUAGGAAUAGCGUCUUGUGAACAUCCCCCAUGAGUAUCAGGCGGUGUGCAGACUGGCAGGGCCACGGUAUAGUCAUCCAGUCUUUUUCGUAAUGUAGGAGUAUUGUCCACGCGAGUCUGAGCAGGGUCCAUCUGCUCGUUGGCCAUCUGCUCGAGAGGCUAUACUGGCACCGGAAAAUAAGCACACCGGAGCAAGACUGUCCUGGAAUGUCCACGUUGCGUGCAGGGUGAAAGCAACCCCGGUGAACCACGAUCGAUUCACCCGAGCGUAGCCAUAUACGGGAAUGAUACCCGAAAGAUACGAUCGAUACUGGCAGUAGACUCGGUCGUGUAUCUGAUGUAUAGUAACAGCAGGGAGCGUUUCGGCGAUAGGCCUGAUGGGGCGCAAGUACGGUCAAAGGUACAUCAAAUACGAGCUAAUAGAGCAUGGAUACAAUGCUCAUGGUGAGGGCGACGCUGCAGAACGCUGCGCUCGCCGUAGACCCAAGGUUAUAUCCCAGAGCGCCUCUCGCAUUGUAUCAAAUGGCAGUCAUCGGGAUAUCGAGGAUAUAUAUGGACUCCUCUCGAUGACUUGCCAUUCUCGCGAUCAUCUCGGGGUAAUGCUCCGCGAACCCAGCUCUUUCUGACCACCAGCCACCCUCUCAGUCGGUCGCGGAGCGAUGCUGGGAUAAACUGCACAACUGUGUCCAAAAUUUUUGUCUGCCAAAAGCGAAACUGCUGAACCACGGGCACCGAAGUGCGUCAAAUUUCAGCAGAAUUAUAAAAGGCGAUAGUUCGUUCUGAGCCACACAGGAAUAUACAUUCACCCAAUGUUUGUGAUGGUGAUAUAAGGGU